AUGCAUUUCACCAAUCACUUCCUCGCCCUCCUCCCCAUCCUCACCCCCUCGCUCGCCUCCUCCUCCACCACCACCACCGCCCGCAUCUGGACAGAAUUCUUCCCCUCCUGCCCCAUCGACCGAGUCCAUCCAUCCUCAGACGACCUGCCCCACGAGGAGUUCAUCUCAGCCACCAACAUCUCCCCGGGCACCUGCGCCGCGGUCUUCGUGCCGCUCUCCUACGGGCCCGAGGUAACGCACCUGUCCUUCGCCGCGGAAGUCGAGAGCGCAGCAGGAAACUGCACCAUUGCCGUGCACGAAGUGCCGGGCUGCGUUGACCCGCCUCUCCUCGAAGAGGAGGUUGAGCACGGCUUCGCGGUCAGCGACUGUGUGCCUAGGAACCUGCUCGCGUAUAACCAGGUUUGGGCCAAGUUGGACUGCGAAGAGGACGAAGAGGUAGUGGGGGUUCAGUCGACUGUGCGACCAGCGCAUAGGCCUGUGCUUCAUGACGGGCCCCAUCGUGUUAACAAGUCUAUGGGGUUGGCGAACCAGACUGCGCCGUAUUUGAAUGGGACUGGCUCCAGUACUGCUGCCCGGCCGGUUUUGCUGCGGAGGGCUCUGCGGAUACGGUCGUAG